AUGGCUCCGACUCGGGCACUCGUCCUUCUCGGUACGCUUGCAUUGGCGAGCGCCUUGCCGCAUAGGAACGGCAUUGGGAGGGUUGUCAAGAGACAGGUUGAGGAGCUUCGCGACAGUUAUGAUUUCGUCGUUGUUGGCGGUGGAACGGCGGGUCUUACCAUUGCCGACCGUCUCAGCGAGGCUUUUCCCGAGCGAAAUACUCUCGUCAUAGAGUAUGGUGUCGUCGAAGACGCCGAGGCGGUUUUCGAGCCUCCCGGCGGCGGCCCCGGUAACAAGCGUCUCAACAUCCAGUCGCUUCCCAUUCCGGCCCUGAACAACCGACGUGCUUCGCUUACCGUGGGAAUGACUGUCGGUGGGAGCUCGACCAUCAACGGACAGUUCUUCGAUCGUGGACAUAAGCUCGAUUAUGACGACUGGGCCAAGAUUGGUAGCCCUGAGUUUGAUGAGAGUGAGGAGAGUUGGGACUGGGAUAAUAUUUUGCCAUUUUUCAAGAAGAGCGUCACUUUCUUCGAGCCUUCGGAGGAGAAUGCCGAACUGUACGGAUACACCUGGGAUGUUGAUGCCGCAUAUGGCGAGAACGUCUCUCACAUCCAGGCCGUCUAUGCCCAGUACCAGUUCCCCGUCCAGAAAAUCGCCUGGGACGCCUUCAUCGAGAUGGGUCUCCCCUCACCCAAGGAAUGCGCCGGCGGCGACAAACACGGCGUCUGCUGGGUCCCCGCCUCGCAGUACUAUCUCGACGGCCAGCGAUCUCACGCCGGCCGCGGCCACUACCUCGAAGUCAUCGAGGACCGGUCCAACUACGACCUUCUCGCUGGACACAAGGUCACGCGUCUCAUCGUAGGCGAGGCCGAUGCUCCGCCGGCCAUCGAAUUCAAGCCCGUAGAUUCGGAUAGUGAGGAUGAUGUCAAGACCGUCACGCCUAAGUUGGAAGUUGUCGUUUCGGCUGGGGCUAUUCACUCACCGCAGAUUCUGCAGAGGAGUGGCAUUGGGGAGGCCGAGUUUUUGGAGGCUGCUGGUAUUGAGGUUGUGGUUGACUUGCCUGGUGUGGGACAUAAUUUCCAGGAUCACUGCGGCCCUGGAUCUUCCUUUGCGCUCGCCGAGUCCAUUCAACCCAGCCAAGGCUCCAUCAACUCCAACGAAACCUUCGCCAAAGAAGCCCUCGACCUCUACGCCGAACGCCCCGCCAAAGGCCCAUACACCCUCGCCAUGGGCAAUAGCGCCAUCUACCUCUCCCUACCUGUUAUCACCGAAGACUCAGCCGACAUCGUAGCCGCCAUCCGCGCACAGAUCGAAGACGGUUCGGCGCUCGACUACCUCUCCGAAGGAACACCCGAGAGCGUCAAGGAUGGCUACCUCGCGCAGCUUGCCGUGCUGGCUGACGCGCUUGAGAACCCCGAGCACCCCGUCCUCGAGGCCCCCUGGAUGAGCUCGACGCCUGGCGGAGGCUUCCUUCUUAAGCCGCUUAGCCGUGGGACCGUGCAGCUCAACCCUGAGGAUCACGACGCCGAACCCAUCGUUGAUUAUAGGACUGGUGCCAAUCCCAUCGAUAUGGAGGUCAUGUCGCGUUUCUUGCCAUUUUUCAGACGGUACUAUGAGACGGAGACGAUGCAGGCUUUGGGUGCCAGGGAGGUCUCUCCUGGCGCGAAUGUGACGGCGGUGGAGGACAUUACGGAGUAUAUUCGGAAUACUAUCACGCCUUCGUUUAUGCAUCCCUGCUGCACGGCGUCGAUGAUGCCCAAGGAGAAGGGAGGCGUGGUUGGUCCGGAUUUGAAGGUGCAUGGAUUAGAGAGGGUGAGGGUUGCGGAUAUUAGUAUUAUUCCCAUAAUUCCCGGAACGCAUACUAGUGCUACUGCUUAUGCCAUUGGUGAGAAGGCUGCUGAUAUCAUUAUUCGAUCCUGGCCUUCUGAGGAGGCCGAGGAGCCGGUGAAGGAGGCACCCAAGUGCAAGAAGAGGCGAUCGCAGAAGCACUAG